AUGCUCUCCCCUUUAAAUGAUUUUAUAAAACAGUGUGCUGCCCACGGUGCUGUCGCGGGCACUGAAAACAAGCAGAAGAAGAUGGCGCUCACCAGCUUUUCACCUGCACCUACUCAGCUACCUCAGGACCAGCUUGAGGCUGAAGAAAAGGCAAGAUCCCAGAGAUCACAGCAGACCUCACUGGUCGCCUCCCGAAGAGAACCUCCCCCGUAUGGGUACCGGCAAGGCUGGAUACCUCGGUUAGUAGAGGACUUUGGAGAUGGAGGUGCUUUUCCAGAGAUCCAUGUGGCCCAGUAUCCACUGGAUAUGGGACGAAAGAAAAAAAUGUCAAAUGCCCUGGCCAUUCAGGGCACUGAUCUUCUGGCUGAUGAAAACUUCCUGAUGGCGACACAACUGCAUUGGGAGGAUGAUAUCAUCUGGGAUGGGGAGGAUGUCAAACACAAAGGGACAAGACCUCAGCGUGCAAGCCUGGCAGGCUGGAUUCCUUCCAGCACGACUAGAAAUGCCAGGGCUUACAAUGUUCAGCAAGGUUGUGCAGCCACCCUGGAUGAUGACAAGCCUUGGUACUCCAUUUUUCCCAUUGACAAUGAGGAGCUGGCGUAUGGACGUUGGGAGGACAACAUUAUUUGGGAUGCUCAGGCCAUGCCCCGGAUGUUGGAGCCUCCUGUUUUGACACUUGAUCCCAAUGAUGAGAAUCUCAUUUUGGAAAUUCCUGAUGAGGGGGAAGAGGCCACAUCUAACUCCCCCUCCAAGGAGAGUAAAAAGGAAUCAUCUCCAAAGAAGAGUCGAAUUCUCUUAGGGAAAAUAGGAGUCACCAAGGAGGAACCACAGCAGAACAGGUCUCAGCCAGAAGUGAAAGAUCCAUGGAAUCUCUCCAAUGAUGAAUAUUACUACCCCAAGCAACAGCGUCUUCAAGGCACUUUUGGAGGAAAUGGUAUCCAGCACUCAAUUCCUGCUGUGGAAUUACGGCAGCCCUUCUUUCCCACCCAUAUGGGGUCCCUCAAACUCCGGCAAUUCCAUCGCCCAGCUCUGAAGAAGUACUCCUUUGGGGCAUUGUCUCAGCCAGGUCCCCACUCAGUCCAACCCUUGCUAAAGCACUUAAGAGAGAAGGCUAAGAUGAGAGAACAAGAGAGGCAGGCUUCAGGUGGUGGAGAGAUGCUUUUUAUGCGCACAUCUCAGGACCUCACAGGCAAAGAUGGAGAUCUUAUUCUAGCAGAAUACAGUGAGGAAAAUGGACCGUUAAUGAUGCAGGUUGGCAUGGCAACCAAGAUCAAAAACUAUUAUAAGCGGAAACCUGGAAAAGAUCCCGGGGCCCCAGAUUGUAAAUAUGGAGAAACUGUUUACUGCCAUACCUCUCCUUUCCUGGGCUCUCUCCACCCUGGCCAGUUGCUGCAGGCGUUUGAGAACAAUCUCUUUCGUGCCCCAAUUUAUCUUCAUAAGAUGCCAGAAACCGAUUUCCUGAUCAUUCGGACAAGGCAAGGUUACUACAUUCGGGAACUGGUGGAUAUCUUUGUGGUUGGCCAGCAGUGCCCCUUGUUUGAAGUUCCUGGGCCCAACUCCAAAAGGGCCAAUACACAUAUUCGAGAUUUUCUCCAGGUUUUUAUUUACCGCCUCUUCUGGAAGAGUGCAGAUCGGCCACGGCGGAUCCGAAUGGAAGAUAUAAAAAAAGCCUUUCCCUCUCAUUCAGAAAGCAGCAUCCGGAAGAGGCUAAAGCUCUGUGCUGACUUCAAACGCACAGGGAUGGACUCAAAUUGGUGGGUGCUGAAGUCUGAUUUUCGUUUACCAACUGAAGAGGAGAUCAGAGCUAUGGUGUCUCCAGAGCAGUGCUGUGCUUAUUACAGUAUGAGAGCUGCAGAGCAGCGACUCAAGGAUGCUGGCUAUGGCGAGAAGUCCUUUUUUGCUCCAGAAGAAGAAAACGAGGAAGAUUUCCAGAUGAAGACUGAUGAUGAGGUUCGCACGGCUCCUUGGAACACCACAAGGGCCUUCAUUGCUGCCAUGAAGGGCAAGUGUCGCUUGCAGGUGACUGGGGUGGCAGAUCCCACAGGGUGUGGCGAAGGAUUUUCCUAUGUGAAGAUUCCAAACAAACCAACACAACAGAAGGAUGAUAAAGAGCCUCAGCCAGUGAAGAAAACAGUGACAGGAACAGAUGCAGACCUCCGUCGCCUCUCUUUGAAAAACGCCAAGCAACUUCUACAUAAAUUUGGCAUGCCUGAGGAAGAGAUUAAAAAGUUGUCCCGCUGGGAAGUGAUUGAUAUGGUGCGCACCAUGUCAACAGAACAGGCCCACUCUGGGGAAGGGCCAAUGAGUAAAUUUGCCCGUGGAUCAAGGCUUUCUGUGGCUGAGCAUCAAGAACGUUACAAAGAGGAAUGUCAACGCAUCUUUGACCUACAAAACAAGGUUUUGUCGUCAACUGAAGUCUUAUCAACUGAUACAGAUAGCAGCUCAGCUGAAGACAGUGACUUUGAAGAAAUGGGGAAGGCUAUAGAGAGCAUGUUGCAGAAUAAGAAAACCAGCUCUCAGCUGUCACGGGAACCGGAGCAGCAGGAGCGGAAGGAACUACAGAGGAUGCUACUGGCAGCAGGUUCGGCAGCAGCAGGAAACAAUCACAGAGAUGAUGAUACGGCUUCUGUGACUAGCCGGAACUCUUCUGCCACUGGCCGUUGUCUCAAGAUUUAUCGCACAUUUCGAGAUGAAGAGGGGAAAGAAUAUGUUCGCUGUGAGAUGGUCCGAAAUCCAGCUGUCAUAGAUGCCUAUGUGCGCAUACGGACUACAAAAAGUGAGGAGGUCAUUCGAAAAUUCGCCCCUCUUGAUGAACAGCAUCGAGAAGAGAUGCGAAAAGAACGGCGGAGGAUUCAAGAGCAGCUGAGGCGGCUUAAGCGGAACCAGGAGAAGAAGACCCUUAAGGGUCCUCCUGAGAAAAAGCCAAAGAAGUUGAAAGAGCGUCCUGCCCUAAAACUGAAAUGUGGGGCCUGUGGAGCCGUUGGGCACAUGAGGACAAACAGAUGCUGCCCCCUCUAUUAUCCAACAAGUGCUCCACCUUCUGAUCCUGUUGCCAUGACAGAGGGACAGGAAGAGGAGUUGGAAAAGACGGUCAUUCAUAAUGAUAGUGGAGGACUUAUCAAGGUUGAAGGGACCAAGAUUGUUUUGGGGAACCAGCUAACUGAGAGUGCAGAUGAGGUUCGCAGAAAGUCUCUGGUUCUCAAGUUCCCUAAACAGCAACUCCCUCCUAAGAAGAAACGGCGAGUUGGAACCACCCACUGUGACUAUUUGAAUAGACCUCAUAAGACCAUCCACGGGCGCCGGACAGACCCCAGGGUGACACUGUCAUCUAUCUUGGAGUCUAUCAUCAACGACAUGAGAGAUCUUCCAAAUACUUACCCUUUCCACACUCCAGUCAAUCGGAAGGUUGUAAAGGACUACUACAAAAUUAUUACUCGACCAAUGGACUUACAGACACUUUGUGAAAAUGUGUGUAAAUGCCUCUAGCCAUCUCGGGAAGGCUUCAGAGAGCAUUUGGAGCUCAUUGUGAAAAAUAGUACAAGCGACAAUGGGCCAAAGCACUCAUUGACCCAGAUCUCUCAAUCCAAGCUGGAUUUCUGUGAUGAAAAACUCAGAGAGAGAGAAGACAAAUUGGCUCGUUUAGAGAAAGCUAUCAAUCCCUUGUUGGAUGAUAAUGACCCAGUGACAUUUUCUUUUAUUCUGGAUAAUAUUCUCACCCUGAAAAUGAUGGCAGAUCCAGAUUCUUGGCCAUUUCAUCACCCCGUUAAUAAGAAGUUUGUUCCAGAUUGUUAUGAAGUGAUUGUCAGUCCAAUGGAUUUAAAGACUAUAUGUAAGAAUAUAUCCAAGCACAAGUAUCAGAGUCGAAAGAGCUUCCCAGAUGAUGUCAACCUUAUCCUUUCUAACAGUGUUAAGUACAAUGGGCCUGAAAGUCAGUAUACUAAGACUGCUCAGGAGAUUGUGAAUGUCUGUUGCCAGACAUUGACUGAUUAUAACGAACAUUUGACUCAACUUGAGAAGGAUAUUUGUACAGCUAAAGAAGCAGCUUUGGAAGAAGCAGAAUUAGACAGUUUGGACCCAAUGACCCCAGGGCCUUAUGCACCUCAGCCACCUGAUUUAUAUGAUACCAGCACAUCCCUCAGUAUGUCUCAAGAUGCCUCUGUAUUUCAAGAUGGGAGCGAUUUGUCUGUCCUGGAUAUUCCCACUACCACUCCAGAAAAGCAGGUGACACAGGAAGGUGAAGAUGCAGAUGGCGAUCUUGCAGAUGAAGAGGAAGGAACCGUGUAACAGCCUCAAGCCAGUGUCCUGUAUGAGGAUUUGCUUAUGUCUGAAGGAGAAGAUGAUGAGGAAGAUGCUGGCAGUGACGAAGAAGGAGAUAAUCCUUUCUCUGCUAUCCAACUGAGUGAAAGUGGAAGUGACUCUGAUGUGGGAUCCGGUGGGAUGAUACCCAAACAGCCCCGCAUGCUUCAGGAGAACAUAAGGAUGGGCAUGGAAAAUGAAGAAAGCAUGAUGUCCUAUGAGGGAGAUGGUGGGGCGGCUUCUCAUGGUUUGGAGGAUAGCAACAUCAGUUACGGGAGCUAUGAGGAGCCCGACCCCAAGUCGAACACCCAAGACACAAGCUUCAGCAGCAUCGGUAGGCAUGAGGUAUCAGAGGAGGAAGAAGAUGAGGAGGAAGAGCAGUGCUCUGGGCCAAGGGUACUAUGCCAGGUCCACCUAUAAGAGGGCGAGGAGGACAGUGAGGAUUUCCACUCGAUUGCUGGGGACAGUGACUUGGGCUCUGAUGAAUGAGGCUUCCUUUGGGCCUCCUUGGUCAGCCUUCCCUGUUCUCCAGUCUAGGUGAUUUAAUUUGUUUAUAUUUGUACAGUGUCUGACCCUGAAAU